AAAGCAGCACGAAUGGGAGAAAUGUACUCUUCAGCUGGGCUAUGUAAGUAAUAUUAAAUUAACUCUUUGUGCUACUUUUAUAGUCUCAAACAUUUUAAUUCAAAGCCAUACUAGUCCCUAAAUUACCGCGUCUUGGCAACUGUAAUCCCUCGUUCUAUUUUCUCAGCCGUUGGAGUACUCCACGUAUCCGACAGCACGCGAAGGCAGCAGAGAUAGCGCAGCUCUCUGCUCCAGUCCUUGUCCACACUAGGAGGUGUGCUCUCCAUUGAGUUGCACGCAGAAAGCCUCUCGACAAGUUUUAACCUGGAAAAAGCGUCCUCUGACUCCAGCAAAAGGCGAAUUUCUUCCGACCGUUGUUUCGAAAGGAGAAUAAUUUCUGGAGGACGACAGUAACGUCCAGAGCAGAACAGCAACUGAGUGAACGCUGCCUGUGAGUCGCGUUGUCCCGGGGGAGCCCUUUUUUUUGUUUAGGGUUAACCUAACUGUGAAUACCACUGGCGCGGUUUCCUUCAGCUUGGAGAGUGAUUGAAAAAUCUUCUCAAGUACUUUCUGUCUGACGUGUUUGAGUCUGCUGGGCUGAGCUGUGAUGAGGCGAGAAUUUAACAGCGGUGAAGCGCCAGACGGAGACAGCGAAAGCUAAGCUCAUCUCAUCCACCGACGGCGGUCAACGACCACAGCCUCGACCUCAAAAAUACAGUCUUGUCUCCUCUCUUAUUAUUCCCCACAUUCCUCUCUCCCUCUGCUUUUCCCCUCUGUCAUCCUCCCUCUUGCUUCUACAUGUGAUUUCUUUUAUCUCAUUCGUCUUUUUCCCUCCUGAUCUACCUCUUCACAUCCUCCCUCCCCCUCCCCUCCCUCUCCGAUUCUCUGGCAGGCUGCUCAUUGCAGUGAGUCAGUAUCAUGGAGGCAGGCAGCGGGGCUGCCGCAGCGGUGGGGAGUGCAGCACUAGGACUGCUGGGAGCCACAGCCACGUCCAGCCAUGACAUCUUGGACAGGGGCCUGAGGCCUGGACGUCACCUGGAGGACGACGAUAUUGUGCCUGAGCUGGCUCACAUCCAUCCCAGAGAGAGACCUGACUGGGAGGAGACCAUCAGUGCCAUGGCAAGGAGUGCAGAGAUCCCUGAGCUGAGGACAGAGCCCCUCAUGCGCUCCUGCAGCAGCAGCACGGCCAGCAUGAAGGUCAAGAAUGUCAAGAAACUUUGCUUCACCAAGGGCCACUUCCCGAAAUUGGCAGAAUGUGCUCACUUCCACUAUGAGAACGUGGACUUUGGCACAAUUCAGUUGUCCCUUGGGGAUGAACAGUGUGAAGUGACACGGAACGGCUAUGAGUCUAAGGAACUGGUGUACUUAGUUCAUAUUUACUGCCAGGGUCGAAGUUGGAUAGUGAAGCGCAGUUAUGAGGAUUUCCGUGUCCUGGACAAGCACCUGCACCUCUGUAUUUAUGACCGACGCUUCUCCCAGCUACCUGAGCUGCCUCGAUUGGACAGUCUGACUGAUCAGUCAGAGUCUGUUUCCCAGAUGUUGUUAGCUUACCUCUCCCGCCUCUCAGCCAUCGCUGACAACAAGAUCAACUGUGGGCCCGCCCUCACAUGGAUGGAGAUCGACAAUAAGGGAAAUCAUCUGCUAGUCCAUGAAGAGUCGUCCAUCAAUGUGCCAGCUAUCGCUGCUGCCCACGUCAUCAAGCGCUAUAUCGCCCAGGCCUCAGAUGAGCUGUCCUUUGAGGUUGGUGACAUUGUGUCGGUGAUUGACAUGCCUCCCAAAGAAGACACCACAUGGUGGAGGGGCAAGCAUGGCUUUCAGGUUGGCUUCUUUCCCAGCGAGUGUGUGGAACUCAUAAAUGAUAAAGUGCCCCAGUCGAUGACCAACACGGUGCCAAAACCAGCCUCCCCCUGCUCUGGCCUGCAGCCUGCUUCUUGGAGUCUCUUCCCUCCCUACUUGGAGAUGGAGAGUGUAAUACAGGACAGUGCAUGGGUGGCCGACCCGCUAAACCACUACAGCCUAAGUUCAGUGUCUAAGAAGCACGGGAAGCUGAUCACCUUCUUGCGCUCCUUCAUGAAGUCCAGGCCCACCAAACAGAAGCUGAAGCAGAGAGGCAUCCUCCGGGAGAGGGUAUUCGGCUGCGACCUGGGAGAACACCUCCUCAACUCGGGACAUGAUGUGCCCCAGGUGCUCAAGAGCUGCACCGAGUUCAUUGAGAAACACGGAGUGGUGGACGGCAUCUACCGCCUCUCUGGAAUCGCCUCAAAUAUCCAGAAAUUACGGCAUGAGUUUGACUCAGAACAGAUCCCUGACCUGACCAAAGAUGUUUACAUCCAGGACAUCCACUGUGUUGGCUCGCUGUGUAAGCUCUACUUCAGAGAGCUGCCCAACCCCCUUCUCACCUACCAGCUCUACGAAAAAUUCUCUGAUGCUGUAUCAGCAGCAACGGAUGAAGAAAGACUUAUCAAAAUCCAUGAUGUCAUCCAACAGCUCCCUCCACCGCAUUACAGGACCCUGGAGUUCCUCAUGAGGCACCUUUCCCGCCUGGCAGCGUUCAGCUAUAUCACCAACAUGCACAGCAAGAACCUGGCCAUCGUCUGGGCACCCAACCUGCUGAGGUCUAAGCAGAUUGAAUCUGCGUGCUUCAGCGGUACAGCAGCCUUCAUGGAAGUCCGAAUCCAGUCGGUGGUGGUGGAGUUCAUCCUCAACCAUGUGGAUGUUCUCUUCAGUGCUAAACUAAGCUCACUGAUACGAGAGGGGGCAGGUCACAACUCACUGUCACGGCCCAAAUCCCUGCUGGUUUCAUCACCCUCCACUAAACUUCUCAGCCUGGAGGAGGCUCAGGCCAGGACCCAGGCUCAAAUAAACUCUCCAGUCACUGAAGACAGCAAGUACAUCGAGGUGGGCGAAGGUCCUGCUGCCCUGCAGGGCAAGUUCCACACCGUCAUCGAGUUUCCAACCGAGAGGAAGAGGCCUCCUAUUAAACCCAAAAAGUCUCCUGUGGGUAGUUGGCGUUCUUUCUUCAAUCUGGGCAAGUCUUCCUCCAUGUCCAAGCGCAAACUGCAUCGCAACCCCAGUGAGCCCAAUGAGCUAAAGGCCAUGGCUCUCGGUGGAGGGAGAGGAGACACAGCAACGUUAAGAUCAGCCAAAAGUGAAGAGUCACUCAGUUCCCUGCACAACGUUGAAGGGGAGUCCAAGGUGUACCGUCCCCGGCGGCCACGCUCUAGCAGCGAUGCCCUGUCAGCCUCCUUUAAUGGCGAUCUGCUGGACAGCCGGCAGCACUGCAACUCCUACGACAACUUGGACGCCACAGAGGACAGCGACGGAGACGACGGGCCCAUCUGUGUGCCUGCCCUCAUCUCACCUCCCCGCUCUGCUGGAGAAGAUGUGGACCUCAGCCCACCAGAUAUUGGCAUGGCCUCCCUAGACUUUGACCCCAUGUCUUUCCAGUGCAGUCUCCCUGACACCUCCUACGCCUUCCCCCUGGAUGACACCCCAGCUGGGGCCGAGGGCUCUGUGUUAAAGAGGAGCCCCGGCAGCAUCAAGACCAACUGCUCUGACCUCAACCCUGCCUCCUUCUUGGGAAGCUUGACCUCCCCCUUGUUGUCCACAGACUUUAACCGGGCUGCUGGAGGGAAUGUGGAAAGCAGAAAACUGACCACAUCCUAUUCUUACACUGAUAAACCCACUCAGGCUGUGUCACCUAUUAAAGGUGGAAAGACCACUAGUUUGACACCAUUUUCCACUUCAGAGCUUUUCUCUACAGAGAUGCCUGACAGAAAUACAGCUGGACAGGCUGUCUCUCCACAGCCGUUAUCUCCUCCUUUACUAGCCAAGGACUCUCCUCCCCUGAUGGGCAGUGUGCUGCUGAGGGCAGCUGAGCCAUCGCUAAGUGAGGCUUUCCAAAUGGAGCUGCACUCAAAAUUGGCAGUCUUUGAUAGUGUGGACAGUCAAGAGCUGAAGGGAGAGGACAGCGUACAGCAGGCGCCAGCUACCAACAGCCAAGAGCACCAGGGAGUUGUACCUCCAGACUCGUCAAAGGACCUCACCCCUCGUUCCAUCAGCUCCACAGGUCCCACUACUGCCCCUCCCCCUCCCCCUCCUAAAAAUGCUGCCCGCAUGUUGGCCCUGGCCCUCGCCGAGUCUGCCCAGCAGGUCUCCAUUCAGUCCCAGUCCCGGUCCUCUGAGCCCCCCACACCGGUGUCCCCUUCACAGCCACAGGAGGCGUCUAACCUUCAGGACUCGCCACGUUUCCAGACUUCCUCGGAGGAGGGAGCAGUGAGAGGAAGUUCCCCGCCACCUAACAGUGCUGUCACCCCAGCCUCAUCUUAUCCCUUAACAUCUAGUCCUACAAUCAAGCAACAGCCACUAGAGUUAACCAGCAAGAAGCUAUCAGACAGUGCCAAGUCCUCUGCAAGUCCACCUGGCACACAGCCAGGAACUGACUCCACUCCACCAGACACUCCUCUCUACAAGUGUGUCCUACUCCCUAGUUCAAGCAACCUGACUUCUCCAACCAGGAAAAGUCCAGAAAGACAGCAGCCUGUCACAGAACAGAUUCCAGUCUGUACCAGCCCAUCUACUAACACUCCAACCACCACCUCUGGUGGCAACUGCAAAGACACUGGAGUCUUAGCGCAGCCUGUUCCUGAGGUCAAACCAGAGGAGACUGCACCGCCCCCAGUCCUUCCAAAACCAUUAGAACCCCCACCUCAAACAAUUCAAAAGCCGAAAAGGCAGGCUGUCUCACUGCCCCAGCACCAAACACAAACUCAACAGCAGAGCCAAGCUCAGACACAGCCUCGUCUUCCAGCACAGCUUCAACCUCAAACACAGCCUCAUCUGUCGCAUCCGCCGUCACAGCCUCACGCGCAGUCUCAGACACAAGUCCAACCCCAAACACAACCACAGCCCCUCUCCAAAGCUAGCGCAAGAGUGGCCCCCACCUCUGCUGAGCCUGCUGAGAAGCCUUGGGAGGCCAUAAAGCCGGUACAGCCCUGUACUGAGUCUGCAAAGUAUCAUGACUCAUAUGGACCUGCACCUCCACCCCCUCCUGUCCGCACCAUAGAGAGCAAACUGGCCACAGCAGCACUCAGUCAGAGUGAAGCCUCAUACCAUAUCCUGGGUGACAGUCCGGCACCUAGCCAUCUGGAGGAUGCUCUGCCUCACCAUCCUCUUUCACCUCGUAAAUCUUCCACGCACCAGCCAGCCUACCUGUACCAUGCUAAAGGAGAGCCAGUCUUAAUUGAGGCUCCAGGAGCUGCAUACUAUCAUCAGAGGCCUUUCCCUCUGGGCCUGCAGUCUAUGCCACACCACUACCGGCCAGACAGCAUCCCCCCACACCUCUCCUUCGUGUCCAAAUCUGAGCCUCAGAUACCCUACAUUGCCCGUGUAGACAACAGAUACAGCACUUUAGGCCCCAGGUCUUACCACCACUCCAUAAAGUCCAGAGGAAACACCCGCAGUGUGUAUGUGUCUCCAGGUCCAGGGCAUCAGGGUUAUAGCCAUGAGAGAACCCAUGGAUAUCCCACCAUCCGCAGAGUUCACUCUCUCCAUGUUCCUUCCACUGUCCGCUCAGUGCCCAUCCAAAGGACUGAAGUUCCUCCAGAUGAUGAUAUGUUCUUCUACCAUCGGCCCGUGUAUCAGUGCAAAGCCUACCAGCAGCCAACACAGCAGUCCUCACAGGCAGACUACCAUGUCACCCAGCUGCAGCCUUACUUUGAGAAUGGACGGGUUCAGUAUCGCUACAGUCCCUACUCUGGUUCAAGCCCUUUGGAGGCACCUUACUAUGAUAUCGACCCUUACGGUACUAUCAGAGUCCGGCACUUUCAUUCCUUUGGCCGAGAUCCAGGAGCCAUUGGUGGCCGACCGGGUGGAAAGGCGACUGGAUACCACUACCUCGCUCGCCAUGUUCUCCCACCUGGAAAGGAGCACAGCUUUGUGAGCAGGGACAUGCCCCCAAGUCAUGGAACCAAGGAACCUGCUGCUUACCUCUCUUGGGAUCCAGACGAGUCGGAAAGGCUCCGCAUGCACUCCAUCCGGAGAGAGAGCAGGGCAAGACAGAAAAUUAAAGGCCCUGUCUUGUCUCAGUAUGAUAAUGUUGGCUUAUUUGCACCAGCAGAUAUAUCAGGCUAUGAAACUCUGCACCUGCGCAGUAAAUCUGACCCGGGUAAAGCUGUGUUGAUUCCGGCCGAAAGCAAAGAUGGGCGCUACCUCCCUAGACAUAUGGUCUCAGACCCUGAUGUCCUCAUGUACAUGGAGACUGACAAGCAUGUCCAGGGCAGCACAGUAGCCGACAAGUCAGAAGGGGUCGCCAAGCAAAGCAGUUCCAAGAAAUGCCAAUCUUCUCACUCCCUUCCAGCUACUCUGAGCCACAGUCUCUCCCUUCAGCAGGAGAGUGGUCGCCACGAGGCCAAGUAUGAGACUGGAGAUGACAAGCAAGGUGGAGACAGCAGCAGGUCAAAACACUGGCAGCAGGAGUAUCCCAACAAGAGGAACUUCCAACCACGUUACGAGUGUCCUGAUUCCGACCACCACCAGAGUAAAGUGAAAACAUCAAGUGGCUACCACAAUACUGAGGACCAGCCAUCAGCCCCCAGGGAACAACUUGUCCGCUCUAAACCAGAGCGAUCACACAGCAUCCGAGAGCAGCAGCACUACAGCCAGGGGAAGCCGGAACUGGAAUACUCAUAUCAGAAACACAGCACUAAAGCAGCGCAGUCCCACUAUGAUAACCUGGACGAUUAUCACCCAGUACCUCAGCCUCAGGCCCCUGUUCAAAAACGUGGAGGCUCCAGCUCGUAUUCCGCCCCAGGACUCACAGCAAGCCACAGCAACAGAGCAUACUCCACAGCACUGGGCCAGGGAGCCUUUAUCCAGACUGAGUUGGCCAUGCAGAGGUCAGAAACAGAGAUACGUACAGAAUGAAGCAUGAAGGAGGGAAAUGUGUGAAAUUAUCUUUAGCUGUGUAGAAUAAAAGACUCUGUUGAACUAUGGUUGAGCAGCCUCUGCAGGACAGUGGACUGUUGUAUCACCAAUAUUUUUGCUCCUCUGUAUUUUUAAUGAAUUGUAAAGAAAAUUGUAAGACUUUUUACAGAAAGUCCUGAAUGUACCUGAAAUUAUUGUCCAAGAGAUCAUAUUAUUGUGAUUUAUUGAGACAGCACCCAGUCAUAAAUGUAUAUGAUAUGAAAGACAUAAGGUACUUUUACAGGAAUCACAAAAAUGUAAAUCAUACACACACAUAUAUAUAUAAUAUAUAUAUUAUAUAAUAUAUAUUGUAUAUAUAUUAUAUAAUAUAUAUAUAUAUAUAAUAUAUAUAUAGCAUCACUAGUAAAAAGGGAUUUUUAGUUGUAGUUUGUUUUUUCUUCUUAGGUGUGGCGCUGGGUAUGAGCAUUAACUGGGAUUAAGGUUUGCAUUUUAGAAAUGCAUGCACUCUCUAUCUCUUACAGAACAGUUCUGUGUACUUCACUAUACAUUGCAUUUUUUUUUCUGGAUGUUACAGCACAAGUUAUUGAAGGAGGACACAUGUAGGUCACAACAUCCUCCCCGUGCUAAUAUGUACACAAGUAGGCAAAACAUUGUGUCCAUGUUUGUCCUGAAGAAGCAGUUGGGUGUGAUGUUUGACAGGGAGUUGCAGUGGGUUACCUUCAAUUCAUGUAGUGAUUAUCAAUGUCUAAUUUUCUCUGUGACUGUGCCAUUUUAUGUAACUUUACUAUAAACAGAUUUCAGUGACUUCUGAUGGAAUGUUUUGGUACUUGUUUGUUCUUUAUUGGAAGAGGGACCAAGCAACUUGGCGCAGUCAUUGCACAUAUGGGAUGAAGUGGUGAAGAUGGAUGAAUACCUGUUGAACCUUUUUACAUGUGUAAGCAGAUGAGGUUAUUUUUAUUUCCUUUUUUCAUUACAUUCAUGGUACUUUCAUGAAAUGGACUGACUGAAUAAAGCUAAAAACAUUGUCCUCUCAAAUAACUUGGUGAAGAACAUUUUGGUGUUGUUUUGUGGGAAAAACAACCUGGUGAUGAGCCUUAAAUUUUGUUCCUACAGACCAUAUUUUGUUAUCAAAUCCAUUGUCAUAAUGCACAAACAUUGUGGUACCUAUAUUUACACUUUAGAUGAUUCUUAGCAGUUCAGGGUUGAGCUGACCUGCUGGGGUUACUUAGUUUUGUAUCGCCUCACUGGUCCUGAAUUUAAAAUAAUGAGGGAGGGAAAUAUUUUUUUAAAGAUAUGUGGGGCCUUUUAUUUUCAGGCUGGAGAUCAAUGUACAGUACAUUCAUCUGGUGUUAUACUACAUGACCCUUUGGUUCACAAUAAUGUAUGGAUUACAAUAUGUUUCAAAUAUCCAGGUUGUACUCUGUAACUGUUUGACUUCUAUAUCGCUUGCAGGUUUUGCUCCUCUUGCCUUAUCUAAAGCCUCUGCCUUUUCAGAUGGGGCUUUUAAGUAAGGCACCGUGUACUUGAAUGUGAAAACACUCUUGUCUCAAACUAGAGGUAUCUAAAGUUAGAUAUGAAAUAAAUAAAACUGUUCAGGAAUAGCUAUAA